UGAUAAGCUUCUAUCCUGAUAAUAUUUUCGUGUAAUUCACUCUUACCAUAUCACUCAAUUCAUUCAUCAAAAGAAAGACGCGCAAUAUUGUGCCUUUAUACCAUUUGAUACCUAAUGCGCCUCGCCCCUCACGGAAACCAAUACUAUUCAUCAUCACCUCUAACUGCCACACUAGUGGCACAAGCUCACCUUUGUCCACGCUUUUCACAUUCCCGUCGCAUAAAUACUCCAAAGUGAAUUAAAUAUCAACAUGGCCCCGACGCCAAUACCCGGAACCCCCAGAAGAGCUGCAAGUGGCUCAGGCACAAGGUCUACCCGUCCAAAAUCCGCAUCAGCCUCAAAUCGUAGAUUGGAAAAUUCAAUUAUCAAAAAUCAAAACUCUGAACCUCCAAAAAAAGGUCGAUACGUGCCAGGCGGUCCUGGUGGCGGUGGCAGAUACGUGGACGAGAACGGCCAAGAUUUACUAUUAGUCGGCGGUACAGGACCAGGGGGUUAUAAUUAUAUUGGACCUCGCGGUCGUAUAGGACGCGAAAACGCUGCGAACGGAGUCCAGCCGGUCGUUUACCCUCGCAGAGAUAAUCGAACAACAAGAACAAGGACAGUACUUCCUCGCGCACAGCAGCCCCCCAUGGCCGCCCCAAGCAGAUUCGGAUCGUCGUCGCAGGCUGCCGCAGCUGUCGCCCAAAAUGAUGGAUACAAGCCACGAGAAGAACGAAGUUGGGAGGAGUUUCACCCUGAUCUAGAUAUAAAUCAAGAGAUGAUAUGUUUCAGUCAGGAAGCAGUCGAGGGAAUAACGAACUCGGGGCCUGCAACACCCGCCGGCGCAUCGCAAUCAGCAGAAGUAUCAGUGAAUGGUAAGCCUGGGCAAGCGAACGAUAAUGGCGAAAGUGGCACAAUCGCAAGUCCAAAUAGUGCAACCCCUACUUCCCUACCAACCGGCGUUCCAAUUCCAUAUACUAUUCCCGGUACACCAGGAGGAGGUAAGAGAAGACCUGGUCGUCCUCCAAAAAAUCCCGAAGCAUUCUACGCUGCAAGGGCUGCCGCGAACCUUGGAAUACCCAUGGGACUAAAUACCCCGAAGACCCCGAAAACACCAAAAGGUAUACAUGUUGCGAAUAGUACUGCUAAGGAAAAGUUGACCCUACCCCAGCCUUCAUUCCGACUAACGAACACUCUCAAAAAAUUCGACACGCCAGCAUUCGACCAAUAUGUCGAUAAAUCCAUGGCGAACGUGGGAUAUCAGGAAAGCGACGAAUUUAUUCGGCCUGAGCAAGAGUUCAUAAAAGCUUCUGAUAUCAACUUCAACGAAGAUUUGGAUGGAAUAGGAAGCACCCUUGGUCGUGUUGAGUAUGACAUGGAUGAAGCAGACGAUAAAUGGUUGCAACAAUAUAACGAGAGGCGGAAGGUGGAAGGCGUUGAUGAGGUUCCCCGACACAUUUUCGAAGUAACUUUAACAAAAAUAGAGAAGGACUGGCAUAACCUAGAACGAACUAUACCAAAGCCGAAUCCCAAACCUCCUCAAACCCAUCGACCCAGGUCCAGCUCCGCUGCUGCAGUUAAUGGCGAGGCUCAGGUCGGGGAAGAACAAGACAGCAAAUGUGCUAUCUGUGAUGAUGGAGAUUGUGAAAACACCAAUGCAAUCGUCUUUUGCGAUGGUUGCGAUUUAGCCGUUCAUCAAGAAUGCUAUGGUGUUCCUUUUAUCCCUGAAGGUCAAUGGAUGUGCAGAAAAUGCCAAUUGAUUGGACGUUCUACUCCCGUAAGUCAAGUUAAGAUUCUUAUUAUCACUCUCAAUGCUAAUACAUCUUUUAGACCUGCAUCUUCUGUCCGAACACUGAUGGAGCGUUCAAACAAACAAACGCUUCGAAAUGGUCGCAUUUACUUUGUGCAAUGUGGAUUCCUGAAGUCUCUCUCGGCAACACUACAUUCAUGGAGCCAGUUAUGGAAGUCGAGAAAGUGCCAAAGAGCAGAUGGAAGUUGAACUGUUAUAUCUGCAACCAAAGCAUGGGCGCAUGCGUACAAUGUGGCAAUAAGGCAUGCUUCACAGCGUUUCAUGUUACUUGUGCUCGCAGAGCUCGCCUGUUUUUGAAGAUGAAGAAUAAUCAUGGGACACUGGCAGUUCUGGAUGGGCAUGCUGUUCUGAAAGCCUUUUGUGAUAAGCACUCGCCCCCAGAUCAUGCUCGGGAAAAUGACACUGUCGCCGCUACUGCGGAAGCUCGGAGGUUCUACAAGAAAACUAUGCGUGGACGUGUAUGGGCUGAUUCCAAUGAAGCGGCAGGUAUGUUGGCUCUAGCGCAUCGCAAAGCUGGAAGACAAUCCGGAGCUGCGGAUUUGAAUGGUGCCCGUGGAUCAUUGCUGCAAUACAACCAAGAUAUUCAGUCGGAGGAGCCAAUCAAAGGUGUCUGGAAACUUCCUUCGGGCGCUCCGAUCAUUCCGAAAGUUAUCUUCAACUCUGUUGAGAUGUCAUUGCAGCGUUAUAAUCUUCGCAGGCGUAGGGAGUGGACUGCAGAUUGUUGUAAGUAUUGGACACUCAAGAGAGAGGCCCGUAGGGGUGCAGCUCUUUUGAAGCGAUUACAACUCCAAAUGGAAAGUUUCUCUUCUAUGGAAAUCACCCGGCGCAAUUUUUCCGGUAUGGGUCACGUUGGGAGGGAAAGACUUACGCGUCGUAUUGGCUUCGCUCAACUUCUGCUCAAAGACAUCGAAAAGCUUCGUGAACUUGCUGGAGAAGUUAAAGAACGCGAACUUAAGAAGUUGGAGGCUGCAAGGGUCGAGAAAGAUGCUGUUGAUACGAUAUACUUCCCUGUUGCGCAUUUACUUCCUCCGGUCAUUGAAAGGGCUUUGCAGUAAGGUUUUCCUGAUUGUGAAGGGCGAAAAAAAAGCUAACAGGAUACAGACUCGAUAGCAAGAAGGCUUUUGCCGCUGGCCUCAAUCGACUCAGUGAGAGGCUCAAUCAACGCUUUUAUACUACUACGGGAGCGUUUGCGAAAGACUUUGGUUCGGCGAUCAAUACUGCUAUCAUGGGCGAUGCCCAACAGGGUGAACAGAAAGGUAAUGUUGCUGGGGAAAUCGAAAGGACUUUCACCAAAAAGGUUAUUAUCGAAGUCCGAGAUCGCCGUAAACUUGGAAAACGCAUAGUCAAAGCUGUCCAGCCUAUGUUGGAGGCUGCAAUUCGAGCCGAGUCUGAUGUGGUUAAGACGACGCCUGAGGACCAACUAAAAGUGUUGAAUACCUUACUCGAAAACUGUCUACUUCCUCCUGAAGGUUCGAACGGCUCACUUGAUGCAUUCGCAGAUGCUGGAGCACUGGAGCCAUCGCAAGACGAGGACAUGAUUGAUGUUGCACAAUCAGAGGAGGUUGCUUCUGGAGCUUUAGAGAGUGGCGUUGUACCACGCUUGGGAUCUCCCAAUGCCAAGGCUGAAGAUAUAGAUACGGAUAUGCCAGAUGUCGAUGCCAGCGCCCACGCCGAGCAUGAUGUCGAGGAUGUUAUUCAUGUCGCGUCUGGUGCUACUCCCGGUACAGACCACAUGAUAGAUCCGCAGCUCCUUGACAGCGGUAUCGAAAAAGCCACUGUAAAUGGUAAUGCUAACGGUAUUACACCACCUGAUACCAACGGGUAUUCUUCUACUCCAGAGGAUAAUCAAGCUUCUCCGCCAACACCACCGGUUUCGAAUGGUGAAAAUACUACAGAUGGUGCAGAUGUCCUUACCAAUGGGGGCAUCCCAUGGUAUGUCAAAGAUUUCCAGCCUGAAGGAACAAGCGUCUUGCAAGAGGUUUUGGUUGAGAAUUCGAAUGGCUCUCACGCAAGCGAUGACCUCAGCGAAAUGGACGAUGAGGAUGUCAAAGCAUUAGGUGGCAUUCAAGAUGGCCCGAGUGAACAGAAUGGCACAACAACGGCCACAAAAGGAAGGAAAGGGAAGGGCAGAAGAAAAUUUCGAGGAUUCAAGUAAUUUGAGUUUAUUUUUAUGGGUUAUGGUUUCUUUCCGAAGACUACGGCAUUUGUAUAAUAUGGGCUUUAAUUCUAUCAAAGUGUGUUAUUAGUGUGGGAGUUCUCUAUAUCCAGGUCCGACAAGUUUCGUAGGGAAGCCAUGGAGUUAUCGGUCAGCUUAUUAAGGAAAAGAAUCGAUGCGUCAUGCUUUAACGAUGGAGUUUAUAUGCACAGAGGUUAAUGUGCUUGGAGGAUUAUUGUGCCGGAAGGAAAAUUAAUGCCAUGGCUUUUGUGCGUUCUGGAGGCUAUAAGGAGGGACUUUUGCGAUCGGCAUGCACAGCGCUGGACGGGCAACAUACUUUCAAGGGCGCCGGAUGGAAAUCAUAUAACACUCACUUUUUUAAUGGAUGCUGUACGAGUAUAGUAGUAGACAGAUAGAAGCAAU